CCAACAGUUUGCCCCAAAGGUCCCCUCCUAUCUCGCCCAUUGUUUGAGGGUUUUUUUGUGAAGGAUUGACAGGGAGCACAUGUAUCACUGGAAUUGUCCAUGGUGUUGAAUAAUAUUAUCAACGGGUGAAGGUGUGUGUGUGUGUGUGUUUGUCCAGCGCAGCCACACCGCACCACCCAUCAGCAGAGGAGCAGAAUGUGAUGCCACGGCGGUAGCCGCACCCAUUUUCCCUGUCCGGCAGCGGUGUGUGUGUGAGUGGGGAGCCCCGCCCACUCUGUGGACAGGACAUGUUCGAAGUCAAGCCGCGGGCGGUGGAGAAGAAGGAGUCCAGCACUGAGACAGAUGAGGGGCUUGGCGGCACCAGGAGGCACUGCAGCAGCUCGCUGGGCUCGGGCUCGGCCGGCUCCGGCUCUGUCUACCUGUCGGACAGCCAGGACUGGGUGGUUUCCCCAAGCUGCUCCCCGGACGAGGGCCCCGGCAACCACAACGCCAUCUCUCCCAUGCUGGCCGAGGAGACCUUCCGCUACAUGACAUAUCUUGCUUUGGAGCCCUCUUCCUAUUCCCACCCUGGCUCUCAGAGCCUCUCCAAAGUCCUCAGUGCAGACCGUGUGGAGCAGAUGACCAAGACCUACAAUGACAUCGAAGUGGUCACACAACUUUUGGCUGAGCGGGACCGGGACUUGGAGCUGGCAGCUCGGAUUGGUCAGUCGCUGCUGCAGAGGAGCCAUGUGCUGCAGGAACGCAACGAGGCCGUUGAGGAGCAGCUAGCACAGGCCUUAGACCAGGUCCACCAGCUGCAGCAUGAGCUCAGCAAGAAGGACGAGCUGCUGCGCAUGGUGGCCAGCGCCUCGGAGGAGAGCGAGACCGACUCCAGCUGCUCCACGCCGCACCGCCAGCCGCACCCACCAGGGGGCACUAGCGCUGCUGCUGCCCUCAGCCAGCUGGAGGCGCUGCAGAGCAAGCUGCAAGAGAUGGAGGAGGAGAACCUGGCGCUGAGGUCUGAGGCGUGCCACCUGAAGAGAGAGACCAUCACCUACGAGGAGAAGGAGCAGCAGCUGGUCAGCGACUGCGUCAAGGAGCUGCGUGAGUCCAACAGCCAGAUGGUGUGUCUGACAGACGAGCUGUCUCAGAAGAACGAGGAGCUGCUCCGACACCAGGAGGAGAUCGCCCAGCUGCUCUCCCAGAUCGUCGAGCUGCAGCACCGAGUGAAGGAGUUGGCUCUGGAGAAAGAAGAGCUGAGGAUUCACCUGCAGGCCUCAAAAGACGCUCAGAGACAGCUCACUGCAGAGCUGAACGAGCUGACGGAGAGGAAUGCGGAGUGUGUGGGGAUGCUCCAUGAGUCCCAGGAGGAAAUCAAGGAGCUGCGCAGUAAAAACACUCCCUCCACCGGGAUGCGACGACACCUUUCCUACGGCCUCUACCCCAUGGACUCUCUGGCAGCAGAGAUCGAGGGCACAAUGCGGAGGGAGCUGAGUAUAGAGGAAGAGUCAACCAUUCAGGACCAAAGAAUUUCCCAGAAGCGAGUCUUCCAGACGGUGCGCUCCAUCAACGCCUCGGUGUCACGUGCCGCUUCAGCUGGCCCUCCCAUCCCCGGGUCAGGCCACAGCUCUCUGGUGAUGACCGCACAGCCCUUCCAGUCCGCUCAGGGAGAGGAGGUGCAGCUGGGCCAGCCCGGCUCGCCCGGGGGAAACGACCUCACCAGCGCCCUGCACCGCCUGUCGCUGCGACGGCAGAACUUCCUGUCGGAGCGUCAGUUCUUCCAGGCGGAGCGCGACAGGAAGCUGCAGGCCCUGACGGGGGCGGAGCCAGAGGGGGAGGGCAGCUGCUGCAGCUCGCCAAUGAGCAGUGCGCUCUCCUCCUUCUCCAACCUAUCAGAGCUCUCCCUCUCCUCCACCGUUUUCAAGACCUUCCUGCCCGAGAAGCUCCAGAUCGUCAAGCCCAUGGAGGGGUCGCUGACGCUUCACCACUGGCAGCAGCUGGCCAAGCCCCACCUGGGCACCAUCCUGGACCCCCACCCCGGGGUGGUGACCAAGGGUUUCCGCCCGCUGCCCCAGGACGCCGUCUACCGCCUCACCGACCUCGAGGAGGACGAGGAGGAUGAGGAGCGCCGCCGGCGAAGGGACGCGGUCUCAGAGAAGGGCGAGGUGGAGCAGGGGGAGGCAGAGGAGGAUGAGGAGGAGGAAGUCGGCAUCACCUUCAAGGUGCGGUAUUCGUCUACACCCGACGAGAGGAGAGAGAGAAAGCGCUCGGCAUCACCCCUUCCCUCCCCCCUAACCCUGCCAGUGUCACCAAAGCCGAACUCCUCCCCCGCCGCGCCCUUAGCCAGAUCUGACCCCUCAGCUCCGCCCGCUCCUGGAGCGCCUGCACCUCCCGUCCAAUCACAGAGUCAGAUCAGCACAUCGACAUCAACGGCACCAUCGUCCUCAGUGUGUUCAGUCCAGAACCCGGGGAAGUGCCAGAGCUCCACCUUCUCCACCUACACCUUCACCACCUGCCGCAUCCUGCACCCCAGUGAUGUCACCCAGGUCACCUCCAGUUCUCAGUCGAUCAUGGCCAACACCCCCAGCUCCAUGAGGACGGGCCCCAGCACCCCGGUGACUCCCUGCAGGUUGAGUCUAGGCGACUCGUUCCCCCCUCGCCGCCUGGCCGCGCCCCCUGUCGGCCUGGCCAAGCUCGUCCUGGAGAAGGGCAUUUCUGCGCAAGUCACCGCCGACACCCUGCCAUCCUCGUCCAGACUGGCCCCCCGGCAGCCCCUCCUCCGCCUCCUCCCUAGCACCCCACCCAACUCCCCGUCCCACUCCCCCGCCCCCUCCCCCGUGCCCUUCGAGUCCCGCCCGCUCCCGGUGGAUAAUUUCCUGGCGUCGCGUCCGGCGGAGCUCUUCCUCCAGGACGUGUACGGGCUCAAUCUGGGCCGUGCGCCACGCCCCGACUUGCCGAGCCCCACCCAAGACACGCCCGCCCCUCCUCCAAAGUCUGGACCGGCCAGACCCGACCCAGUCAACGUGGGCCUGGUGGAGAAGCUUCGCAAGCUGGGAUUCACCAAAGUGCUCCAAGGGGCGGAGUCAGAGGCUCGGCUGCCGCGGCACGACUCGUCCACCUUUGUGGCGGCAGGCGGGGGGAGCCUGUUGGACGGGCUGAGGCGCAACCAGAGUCUCCCGGCCCUGAUUGGCGCACGGGCGGGCAUGUCGGCUGGUCAUUCUUCCCAUACUGCCCUGCAGCCUCCUCCUCACCCGACCUCCCUGGCCCUCCCCCCGCCGCCAUGGGGAGACCUCAAACAACAACAACAGCGGCGGCGACCUGCCUCUUUGUCCCACCCCUCGUCAAGCUCAGCCAACCGCUGAAGGGGAGCGGGGACGCACACACUCCUGAACAUGAACCUCCUCCCUCCGCUCCUCUUUUCCACCUCCCUCCCCCACCCUUCCUCCUCCUCCUUGUCUAAACAGGGCGUCCCAUUGUCAAAAUAACAUCCCUUCUUUUAUGAAUUCAUUUUAAAGCACAAUGUUCUUGAACUGACUGUUUUUACCAGAGCGUUUGUGUGUGUAGAUGUCCGCCGUGACCGAUUCUAAAGGCCUUAGCUCGCCUGUGAAUAGCAGCUGAUCACAUUUCCAAUAGGUUUUGACUCCUCGCGUGGGGCUCUGGAUGUUCAAACGCAGAAGAGAGGCAGACGGAGGGAUAGGAAGGAAGGAUAAUGCGCACGUUGGACGAGGGUUUGCGGAAAGAGAGAGCGAGACGGAUGAGCUUUCCGACGGGGAAGCUGGAAGGGAAGAGGCAGGACUCUGUAUGUUUUUUAGUUGAACAGAAAGCGAGAGAGGAAAAGUAGGAGCAGCGAGAGAGCAUCCAGAGCCUCACUGCUUCAAGGGCUCGCGCUGUAGUGGGCUGGAAACGCUUGAAGCCAUUUCUCUAUAGCAGGGCCGAGUGAAAAUCCCCAGUCAGUCGUUUUAUGUCAUCCGCCCCAGCAAAUAAGAGCACGUCUUUUUCGAGAUAGAAGAGACUCUUUUGAAUAAUAAUCGUUUGCCGGGUUGAACAGAAAAAGGCUCGUGACGGACAAGUGAUGGCUUCUUCAGCUCAAAGCCGACAUACUGCCAGGCCAAUCUCACACACAGACAUCGCCUCUCCAGUAUUAUAUCGAUUUUUACAAUUGGACCGCGACUCUCCAUGUGCAAUCCCCCCCUCCCUGCACCCAAGGUUUUCAAGCAUGCACCUCUCAGCAGGUGGGCGGGGCCAGAGUUGAAUUCCCAAUUGGCCGCGAGGCAGACGGGUUUCUUUACCGCGAUAUAUUUUUUUUUCUUUUACUUCAGGUGUUUUGUGUGUGUUUUCUGUCAUUUUUAUUUGGUUCUUAAGGGAAAAGAAGGCCUUAAGGAGAAGCCAGCACUGUUCUGAUUUGUGUUCUCGUUAAGCCAUGUUUGUAUAUAUUAGAUGCACUUAGUGGGAUCAGUAGGUUCAGCUUGUGUUAAAUGAAGGGCACAGCUUGGAUGAAAACUGGAUUGGAUGUUUCACCACAAAUGCUCCUUGGACAUUUUAGCAAAAGGCCACACCAGUGAUUUGACCUAUUUCCUACAAUUUCCCAACAUUUUACAUCACAGCAAACCAUUUUGCAAAUCAUGUGCAAGUACUAAAGAUUUUUUUUCACUCUAGGAAAAAUUAGUAUAGACUAGGAAAGCUAAUUGGAAGUAAUGGAAACCAUUCGCUGGAUAAAAAGGAGGAAAAAUAAUGAGUUCUAAAAUACAACUGAUAACUAAACAUGAAAUAUACAUAUAUUUUGUAGAUAUUACACUAAACCUCAAAAUCACUGGUGUGGUUCCUUUUUUGUAAAGAAAAAGAGGCAACAGUUGUUGGUGCCACUAUCUUGUCCAUUUUCAGCCGCCAUCCUUUUCUCAGGCCCAGGGGAUGUUCAGGUUCAAAUGGUGCACUCUGAUGAGGGAAAACCACUGGCACAUCCUUUUGGUUGUAUGUCACAUUCAGGUUUAUUAUUAUUAUACUACGGGGUUCUCUGUGGUUAGAACGUCUCUGGGCAUGUGUGCUUCUCACAUCGGCCAGCAGAUGGAGCUCUCACAAUACAUGUCAAAUGAAAACACAUAAGGAAAUUCCGGGAAAACCCAUGUGAAGGCUCAUACAGGACUGCAUACUUCAUGUUAAAGUGUAUGCAGUAGAUAAAUAUUGACAUGUCUGUAUAUUGCUGCCAUAAUAUGGCCUAAUGAGCUGUGUAUGCAGUAUGGGGCAUUGUGCUUGACUCCCCUGACCCCUCAGCCUUCCAUGCUGCUGUCCCUUACCCGCGUCCAUCCAUCGAGCCCGUCUCUCCCACUUAGUUACUGCACUUUUAACCUUUAAUUUAACCUUUGAUUUACUACCAUCCCUGUUGGAAGUAUAGAAAACAUAUAUUUACUGACAUAGAUUAAGUAAUGCAGAACGUAUGCCUACUAAGGCUGUAAGUAACAUGCCAUCGUAAGAUUUUAAUAUAUGUAGCAGCUUUUUUUUUUGCUUUCCAGACGUAGAGACCCUCAAAAGGGAAUCCCAAAUCAUGUUUUAUCAAACCAAAACUCUUGCGUUUGUCUCUGAGGAAAUGAAAUCCUCCGUCAGCUCGUCUGUGUGUAUGUGAUGCAUUUUGUCAUGAUUAGCUGUAAGAUAUUUAACAGCGGAAGAAGAGCUUCAAGGUUGAUGUUUAGAGGAGAGGAGAAGGAAGGAGGUGCACUGAGACGGUUCAUAUUACAGGUUUGCUGUAGUUGUCCAUUUCACUAUGUUUAAAUAAAGCUGCGCGUUUUUUAAUGUCACGCGGUUGUUGGUUAUCUAGGGGGAAAUUCAGGUUCGUGUCUUUUGUCAGCAUAUGAAUUGUCCUGCGACCUCCUCAUGCCUCUCCUCUAAGCCUUUGAUCCUUUGUAAAAUACUCAUGGCUAUGUUUCAGUUGCCUCUUUUUUAAAUAAAGCAAUGGAAACAAA